AUGGAAGAAAAGCAAGUAAUGGCGAUAGAUUCAUGUGAAGUGGUUAAUAAUCCAAGCAAUAACGUCGUUGCUUCCUCACAUCCAAAAGAAAUGCGUGGAAUGCCGAAGUCAGGACGCUGGUGGAAGGACACGCAGUCUGCCAGGCAUAGCUCUUUGAUAAAAGUAAAGCCUCUGAAGUCUUCCUGGAAGAAGAAAAUGGCAGAUCGAGCAAAACUGAAACAAGUCAAACUUCUACAGCAAGAAAUACGUGAUAGUAAGGCGCAAGAGAAACAGGAAAAGAUUGAAAGGAGGAAAGAACAGGAAAAGCGACGUCUUGAAAACGAGAGGAAGGGAGAGGUUGUGCAGGUGAUCAAAAACACCGCUAAAUUGCGAAAGGCUAAGAAGAAGCAGCUGAGGUUUAUCGAGAAGAGGGAUACAAACUGA